UUACUAUGGUUGUUGCAAUUUAUUGCUAACACGGUCUCUAAUCUAUCAUAUGAUCAUUUGUCUUUUCGUCCACACUAUCACUUAUCCAAAUUUUCUUUCAUUUGAUUUACCUAUAUAUAGUUCCAUUUCAUUCUCCCUCAACUAUCACACCUUGAUUAUAUUUUAUUUUUGCAUUAUGGAACUCGAGAGAGAAGAGCAAUUAGAAGAACCGGUUAGUCCAAUAGGACAAUACUUCAAUAGCUCGGUGCUAUGUUUAUAUAUUAUUGGAGUUUUAGAAUUUGAAGUUCCUAUUGAUGACUUGCAAACUUUUUCACUUCUUCAAGAUGUUUUCCUUCCCAUUAGUCCUCGUUUCUCCUCCAUCAUGAUACAAGAUAAAAAUGGGGAGAAAAGAUGGAAGCAAGUUGAUGUGAAUUUGAAAGACCAUGUGAAAACACCAAUAUUUUCCAAAGGAAAAACAUUGGAAUUUUAUGAAAAGUGUUUUGUUGAUUAUUUAUCAACCAUAGCAAUGGAGCAAUUACCACAAGAGAGACCAUUAUGGGAAGUUCACAUAGUGAAUUACCCUACAAGUGAUUCAUUAGGCACAAUAAUAUUCAAACUUCAUCAUGCACUUGGAGAUGGUUAUUCUCUAAUGGGUGCACUUCUUUCUUGUCUACAACGUGCUGAUGAUUCAUCUCUUCCUUUGUCUUUUCCUUCUCUUAGACCAUCAAAAUCAGAAUCUUCAUCCAAAAGUAUUUGGAUAAGAUUUUCUAGGACAAUGUCCUCUGUUUUUAAUACUGCCUCUGAUUUUGGAUGGAGUGUAUUGAAGAGUAGCAUUAUUGAUGAUGAUAAAACUCCUAUAAGAUUUGGAGAUGAAGGAGCUGAUUUUCAACCUAUUUCAAUAUCAAGCAUUGCAUUCUCAAUUGAUCAUAUCAAAGACAUCAAAUCUAGGCUUGGUGUGACUCUAAAUGAUGUGGUGACUGGAAUUGUGUUUUAUGGAACUAGACUAUACAUGCAAAAUUUGGACUCAAAAUCAAAAACAGCAAACUCAACAGCAUUGGUAUUACUCAAUACAAGAAACAUUGAAGGUUACCAAUCAAUAGAUGAAAUGCUCAAUACUAAAAAAACAAAGGGUCCUUGGGGAAAUAAAAUUUCCUUCUUGCAUGUACCAAUUCCAAAAUUAAAUGGAAGCAAUAUUUCAAACCCUCUAGAGUUUAUUUGGGACACUCAUAACAUAAUCAAGAGGAAAAAGCAAUCUUUAGGUGUUGCUCUUACCGGGACACUUUUGGACAUUGAAGGCAAAUUCAGAGGACAAGAGGCAGUAGCAAAACAUAUUCGAAGGACAAUAACAAAUUCAAGUGCAGUGGUUACCAAUUUGGUUGGACCAAUACAAAAAAUGUCUUUGGCUAAUCAUCCUGUGAAAGGCUUUUACUUCACAUUGGCCGGUGGACCUGAGAGUCUUGUAAUUUCUAUAAUGAGCUACAUGGAAGUGGUAAGAGUUACCCUCAAAACAGAAAAAGAAUUCAUAGAUGAACAGAGAUUAAAGUCAUGCAUGCAAAGUUCAUUUGAGAUGAUAUUCAAAGCAGCCAAGAAAAUUCCUCAUCACACCAAUUAAACAUUGUACAACAUCAAACCAAAAUGCUAACAUGUUGUAUGUUAAUUGUUUGGAUCAAUGAAAUUUCUUAUUAUGGUUUUUCUUUUAAAACUAUAUUCAUUAAUAGUAAGGAUUUAUCCAUUCUUGAUUGAUUCA